AUGAAUGCACUUGUUAUAUUAUUAUCAAUAUCUUUUAUUUAUACUCAUGCUCAAGAUUGUUCCUCACCAAGAGCAAUUAAACCUGUCUUUGGAACAUAUUUAAAUUGUAUCAAAAAAUCAUUAGAUGCUGAUUAUGGUGGAUUUGAAACUGAAAUGCAAGAACAUUAUAGGCAAGCUGCUUCUAAAUGUUUUUCAUCAUCAAUUUCUGAAGCAAACAAAAAAGAUAGAUGUGUAUUAACCUUGAAUGACCUUAAUUCAAAAGCAUGGGAUAGAAAUGGACCACUUCGUGAUUGUUCAAUAUGUAGAACAUUUGCAUCAGGAGCCAUUAAAGCUCUUCUCAAUACACCAGCAGAAGAUCAAAAAUGUAUAAGAGGUGAAAUCUCAAAGGCUAUUGCAAGAGAAGCCGAUUAUUGUAUAAGUAAGAAAAUUUCUAACUUCCCAGGUGUUCCUGAAAUACCAGAUUUAGAAGAAUCAUCAUUUUAUUUUAAAGAAAAUGUUAUGAAUUCAAUUUCUGAUUUUAUUCUUGUUCAAUCUAGACUUGCCUUUUGUGGUGAAAGAAAACCAAAUAGAGCACAAAAUACAAAGGCAUGUCUUAAAAAACCAUUUGAUGGUUUUCUAUCAAAACAUUGUCAAGUUAUUAAAAAUUGUGAUCAACAAUUACCAAGUAAUUGUAUAAAUAAUGUACAACAAAUAAGAGAUGCUACAUGUGAUUGUGUUGAUGAAGCAAGAAAUGAUUUGAAAAAAAGAAUUUCAUCUAUAUCUCAAGCUAUUCAAGAAUCUAUUAAUGGUGGACGUUCCUCACCAAGUAUUGGCUCAACAAGUAAAGUUGAUAUUUGUGUAGCAAAUAUUAAAGCUCAAAUGGUUACACCUGUAAAUGAUUGGGUAACUGUUAUUGAUGCUGCAUUAGGAACAUGUAUCAAAGCUAAACCAACAGGUCAAUCACUUGGUAUGGAAAGUCUUUUAAAUGUUGGAUGUAGAAAAGUUAUUGCUGAUACUACUGGUACUGCUUCUAGUCAACUUAAAACUGGUUUCGAUUUUGUAAACAAUUUAAUCGAUGCCAUGGUAGAAAGAUCUGGAAGAUUUUGUAACAAAGGAAACUGUUAA